AUGAUUGCCACAACUCAACAAAACAUGACCACGGAGCUGGACCUGGGGAGUUCAGACGGUCCCCCGCGGAACUGGAAGGGCAUAGGAAUCGCCAUGGUGGUGAUCCUGGCUGUUAUGUCUCUGGUCAUCCUCUCUGUCAUCCUGCUCACGCCUGAUGAAUCUCACUUGUUACUCCGUUCCCAUCUGACUAUGGAGGAUCUGGAGAAUGAAGAGUUCAAGGUUCACGACCCCUGCGUGGCAUGGCUGAACGAAAAUGAGGUGGCUCUCCGCACCAGAGAAGGACACAUCCUGUUGUUCGGCCUCAGUAGCAACCUCACCACGACUCUCCUGGACAACAGCUCCCUGGACCUGACCACCACUAAAUUCCAAGUGUCUGCAGACAAGAGGUUUGUCCUCUUGGCGUAUAACGUCCGACCGGUGUUCUCUCAGUCCUUCACAGCCUCCUAUGCUAUCUACAAUGUGGCUAAUGGGGAUCUGCUGGAGCUAAACCCUCCAGAGAGGGAGAAGGCAGUGCUGCAAUAUGCUUGCUGGGGACCUCAGGGGAACCAGCUGGCCUACAUGUUUGAUGGAGAUAUCUACUACAAGCCAAGUGUGACCAGCAAACCCUUGCGUCUCACAGACACCGAUCAGGAACAGAAUGUGGUGAGCGGGCUCUCUGACUGGACUUAUGAAGAGGAAGUGCUCUUGACAUAUGUUGCCCACUGGUGGUCUAUGGACGGGGCCCGGCUGGCGUACCUCACCAUCAACAACUCUGCCACACCCGUGAUGGAAAUACCCCACUUCUUAGGUGGUCUCUACCCAUCCAAUUUUCUCUUCCCCUACCCCAAGGCUGGCUCAAGUAUCCCCUCAGUCAGCCUGUUUGUGGUGAAUCUGUACGGUCCAGCUCACACUCUGGAGAUGAUGCCUCCUGACUCCCUCAGGGCCAGAGACAGCUACAUCUCCAUGGUGACUUGGAUCAGCAGCACCCGCCUCGCGGUUCGUUGGCUGAAUCGUGCCCAGAACCAAUCGGUGCUCUGCGUGUGCGAGGCCACCACAGGGGCAUGCUCAGAGAAACACAAAAUGGCCAUGGACAUAAUGCAAAAUCAACGACAGGAUGUGCCAUUGUUUUCAGCAGACGGCUCUGUGUUUUACACAAUCUUGCCAGCAAAACAGGGCGCUCGCGGAGAGUUUCACCACAUCGCCGGCCUUUCAGCCCAGCCUGCCAUCCCCUCUGUCCCUCCUCGCUUCUUGACAUCAGGGAGCUGGGAUGUCACCCUGCUCUGCGCCCUCGACGAGAAGGCUGGAAAAAUCUAUUUCCUGAGCACAGAAGAAUCCAGACAGAGCAGACACCUUUACAGUGUGGACCUGGAUGGAGUGUUUCAGCGCCAGUGCAUCUCCUGCAACCUCAUUGACGGAUGUCGCUUCUUUAAAGCUGAAUUCAGCCCCAAUCAAACGCAUUUCACCCUCUACUGCUUGGGCCCAGGAAUCCCUAAAGUGACGGUUCACAGUACAAAGGACCCCUCCAGAUAUGUCGUCCUGGAGGACAACAGCCCUCUGUCUAAAGCCCUGGAGGACAAGAGGCUCCCUGAGACCCUGUUCAGGACACUCCCAGCAGACAACCAUGAUCUGCACCUGAAACUAUCUCUGCCUCAGGGCUACGAGGCCAACCUGCACCCUCUCCUCAUCAUUGUGGACGGCGUUCCUGGCCGUCAGUCGGUGACAGAGGAAUUUGCCCUCGACUGGCCUCAGGUCCUCUCCGGCACACACAAUGUGGCCUUGGCCUGGGUGGACGGCAGGAGUGGGGUUGGCCGUGGACAGAAGACCACCGCCGUGGAUCCACGCAAGCUUGGCUCACUUAGAGUCAAAGAUUAUCUGGGAGUUGUAGAGUUGUUGAUGCAGCUGCCUUACAUUGAUGAUCGCCGUGUGGUCCUCUAUGGCAAGGCAUUUGGUGGUUAUUUAACUCUCAAGAUGUUAGCUACAACAGACAAGCUCUUUCAAUGCACGGCAGCUGUGGCACCGAUAACAGACUUCAGGCUUUACAGUGCUGCAUUCUCAGAGAGGUAUCUAGGCCUUCCAGCGAAGGAGGAGCACGCUUACUCGACCGCCUCUUUGCUGGAGGAGGUUAACAAGCUGAAAGAUGAAAACUUCCUUAUUCUACAUGGAACAGCAGAUGCGAGGGUACACUUCCAGCACAGCGCUGAGCUCCUGAGCCGACUGGUGAAGGUGGAAGCCAACUACUCGCUGCAGCUGUACCCAGACGAGGGCCACAUCCUGAGAGAGCCUCGCAGCAUCCAGCACUUCCAGCGGACAGUGGUGAACUACCUCCAAACCUGCUUGAAGCACAGCGUCUUCCUAGAUCCCAUAGAGGACGAAGAGGAAGAAGAUGACUGAGCCCAGAGCCCCCUUCCCUUCUUCUGGAAGGACUCUUUUAGACCUGUAUGCCAUCUUAUGCAUUACCUUGGGUCGGAUUACCAGGCACAAGAGCACAGGAGUGGGGACCAAGCACAUCAGAUCACCUCCUUCAACUUCUGGAAAAAUUGAUGUACUGUAUACCUUGUUGCACACAAUGAUUUCUGCUGUUAUACUGUAUGUUUGAGGCCCUAUUUGUUUACAAAAUUCACUUGAGAUGAUGUGGACUAGAAGGCUACAGAUUCUGCCAGUUUACAAAGAUUUUAAAACAUGCAUGUCGUAAUGGCUGCAUGAUGUGGAUUAGUUUACAUUGCAUCAUCUGUGUUUUGCAGGUCUAAAUCUCACCCAUCAGGGUUAAAAGUGCAAAAUCUGCCAAAAGCUGGGAACACGCUAGAAGACUUAAAAAAUCCUUAUUGAUGCUAUGAGAAAACUUAUACAUUUAAUGACUGCUUAACAUACAUGCAGGUUUCCAUACAGAGUUCUGAAUGUACCGACUCCAACAAGGGGAUAACUUCCAGAUGAAUGCAAAUUCCAGUACUACAGACUCAAUAGGGACAGCUCUGAUACAAGAGGUUUGAAUCAUAAACUGUAAAAUAACUGUAUGAGAUAACGUGCAAACUGGCCCUGCUGGCCUGGACAGACUCUUUAUGAUCUUCAAGAUGUCAUUGUAAAAACAGGGUUAUUUUGGUCUUUUUGUGCAGUGUGUUCCCAGCUUACAUAAAGUUAAAUGAAGCAUAUGGAUCAUUCUAAAUGUGCCAAAUACAUUUUGUGGACUUUAAUUAAGAAUUAAGAAUGAGUAUGCAACUGAGACUAUUUACACCACACGCUCUGAUUUAAGAAUGAUUGCAAGAACGUCUAUGUAGGUCUGUCUAUGUACUGUAUUUGGAAGUACAGAACGUUUCUGUUUUGAUACAUCUUGGCAUUUUAAUCGUUUCUUGUGUAUUGCAGAAUUAAAUUAUUUCUUUGGACAAACUGUUGAGCCGUUAUAUUACAGCCCACAAAGGCAGCGG